CUCGCUAGAUGUCGUCCCUCUAUGGUCACAAACAGCUGACUCCGGCCGGUCCCUGUAUUAAGGAUUAAGCUGUAAAACCAGUCCGCCCAGGAUAAGUUCAUUUGGAACCGCAGACAAUGCAGUGUUACAGACAACCCUACCUACUGAUCACGCAGUUCAUUAAAGAACCGGAGAACGACUCAGACAGUGCCUGCUAUGAGGAAGCGGUACAGCAGAUUGACAGCCUUGCUAUUCGCUGGCUUUGCUGUCCUGGUGUGGAUACUGCUGUUCAACAUGCUGGACCACGAAGGAGGAUGUACCACACAGCACCUGACAUACAUGUGUGGUUUGUAUGCUGAUGGGAAAGUCCAGGGUCCGCUGUGUGACGCCAUGUGCUCUGAACAGCUGACUGUCCACAGCUGCCUCAGCAACAGACCUGAGAAACAAGUCCUCCACGUGUCCUGGGAGCAAAGAGGACCAUGGGAUACAUCACAUGACCAUCCGGAGGUCAUCCUAAAGUUUGUCAGGACCUGGUACGAGACGUUCAACCAGCCCCAACCUUUAUCAGACACAAAUCUUGACUACUCCUACCUCAUAGAGAGACAAGCUCAUCACAUGUGCAUGGAACAUUUCCAAAGCGAUGAAUCUUGUCACAGGUUUGGGCAAAGGACUGUGUUAAACGCUGACGGAGACUAUGAUGGGGAAGUGUCGCAGAGCGAAUUCUCCAACAUGGUCAGUUUACUGAUGCAGCAGGAAUUCUUCAUGCUACUGGCCCUGAACGACAGCAAAUCCACGUUGGACAUGUUAGGUUACUGUGGAGGAUUCUACGCCGUGCAGAAGAUCAAGUACACCUCCGACGAAAUCUUUAGCAGACAGGAUCCUAUCCUUGACGUCCUACCACCUAUCUUCCCAGAUGAUAUCAACGAAAUGCUUGUUCCCAUGCUAGGGCAGCUCAGUGACCAUUCUGCAGAAUAUCUAUACCGUAACUUCCAGCAAGUACGAGUCCCAGACUGGCAAGAAAGGGUCGACUUUAUCACAAAAUGUUUCAGAAUUCUGUACGACUUCAGCUCCCAGUACGGGACAACGGUACGAUGCUGCGACAGUCACCUUGGCAACUACGGAAUCACGGACUCCGGGAAGGUCAAGUACAUCGACAUGGAUGCGGUGAUGUCGACAAAGGCAGCUUUGUUACUCCUCAGUAACACGCAGUGUGAAACAGACGAAGACUGCGAGAUUGGGCAGUUUGACGACUGUUCCUCCAAGUGCGACACGAAUCUAGGACGAUGUCAAGACGUCAUGAAACAGAACGACCUUCACAACUUCUGUACGCAGACCUUGUCACCCAUACUACUUGAGGCACCAGUGGUUCUAGAUCUGGCUGUAGAUGAGAAGCUUGUAGAAACGUUGACACAACUGGUUCUCGAGUGUCGAAGGCUGCCGUUGUACACUGCAGUUGAGGACUACAGAGAAAAGGGUAUCCUGUACGUUUGGAACAAAUUCGACCAAAUUCUGAGGGACUUUGAAGCUGUGCAAUAGAACAGACUCCUUCCAUCAAGCUUGUAAAUUUGUUGGUAAACUGUAACUGUAAACAGUAAACUGGUUCAUGUGUUUGAUUGCACAUGCGCAACCAGAUGCAUGGUGGGUAACAUGUCAAAGGUGAAAGGUCGGCCUAUUGUCAUCAAACCUGCGCACUAGAGCCCAUUCCUUAAUUCGCUCAUUAACUGACGUUACCACUAAACUGUUUGAAUGUAUAGGUCCCCAGAAGCAGAAGCAAACAUAUAAUUGGAGCGAACUACUUCCCGGAUGGUACCCAGGCUACAUAAUUAUAUAGAAGUGGAAUCAAAGGGCAAAAAUAAGUUAAUGUGCAAUACCUGAUGCAUUUGUGCAUAAUUAUGCAUAGUUUUCAUGAAAUAAAGUUAUGCAACGAACCAAACAACUCUCAUACACGUAUGUACAUUCCAUUCAAAUUUCCUUUGCCUAAGAGUAAGAGUGCACCAGUCUUACUUCACUGCUCCAGGAUAGGACAUGUUUGAUAAAUGUUUGCCCUCACAGAUACAAUAAAAAAUAAGACCAUUUCACACAAUCUGGUACAAAUAUCUAAGUCAUGCUUCCAUGGAUUUUAUUUCAUCCGUCUAAGUAUUGAGAUCAAACAACUUCAUAAAUAAGUUACUUUGUGAUCAACAAAUUUGAACAUCAAAGAGACUGACACUACACAGAGAUCACUUUACUGCAAAGAAAUAUGAGAAGUUUCUUUAUAUUGAGAAGACUACUCAAUCAUGCAGUCACACUAGCUGUACACUAAGACUGUAUAAACCUAGUAGUACACAUGAAUUUAACAUACAUUAUGGAACUACUGGUAUAUACACUUAACACACAAUACUGCAAGAAAAUAUAAUAAAGACAUUUUUUUCCAUAAACCUGAAAAAUGCAGCAAAACAUCAUCCUGGGAUUGGUUCACAUUUUGUACAGAUGCCGAUGUAGAAACAAAUUAUUGCAGAAUGCAAUUCAGCUUUCAAAAUUUGGAAUGAUUAAAGUACGAAGUAUAUGUAUGAAGACACAAUUUCAAUUGUUUUCUUACAAAUUCAGACCUCAAAACUGGAAUGACUAAAGAGUUGAUUAAAGCCAACUUAACACAUAGUGCAGCUUGUUAAAACUUGAGUACAUGGUCAAAUCGAAACUCAAGAUUUCUGAUGAAACUUUGAAAAACCUUGACAUCCAAAGGUUUAUUGUAGUUACAUGUCAAGUGACCAGAUCAUACUACCAUAUAAGAUCUCCACUAGUUGUACAGUAUGUAAUGCUUUCUGGUAAGAAACAAUAGUGUAAAAAUUCACAAUUAUCAUGAUGCUAGUUUGGAGUGCUAAGGCCACACCAAUUUAAUUUGUUGCUUCUCGGAUUCUCCGGAUUUAUUUAGAAAAAUAUUGGAGCGGGCGGUCGAAAAAAAAUAAAAUAAAAA